AUGAAUGAGCCGCUGGAGAAGCGGAAACUAUGGACCAUCAUGCUGAACACCUUGAAAAGGCCCCGCUUGGAGGAGACCGAGACCGAGACGGAGCGCCUGGGGUGCAUCCGCAGUGCAGCCAAAGUCGUCGCUGUGCCCGGAGGUGCCCAUGAUACGGUCUUUCGGGGCCAAGCUCUGCUUUGUGUGGCCAAAGCACUAGCAGCAGAGGAGGUGGGUGAUCCUUUGUACGCCUUGGAAGAUAGCUUCCAUCAAAUCCUGAUGGCUCAUCCGCUGCCGGCCUUGGCAAGGCUAAUGCCUGCGAAGUUGCAGGCCAUGUGGUCAGCGAGACCUUUGAUUGAUGCGAUGGGUCCCAACUUCGCCGACAGUUGUCAUCGAGCUCUGCUGACCACCAGCCGCCCCGAGGUUUGGUCCUCGGCCGCCCAGCUGCGGGCCUCGGCUCGGCUGCUGAGAGCGGCCGUGAGGCCUUCAAGCCCGGGUCUGCUGACAGCACUGGCGCAGCGGGGAAAGCUGGCAUGUGCGAUGCCAGAAGAUGCACUCGAUGAAGAUCUUGCGGGAGAGGAAGCCGAGCGCCAAGCUGCAGUGGAGAUGUUGUUGGAACUCAUGGAUUGCAGCCACCUGCGCGAGAUGAUAGUGGAGCUGAUCGUGCAGGAUGAGGCUUUCAGAGAAGAGCCCAGCACUGCGAGAAGACUUGGGGAAGUCAAAGAGCUCCCCCUCCGGGCCAAGGCGAUGGGGGUCGAGCCUCCACACCUCCGGAUCCAAAGAGGCUGA